CACCAAUGGUUCACCUGUAUCGACCUCGCUAAUGCAUUUUUCUGCCUACCACUAGCCGAAGAAUGUAAAAACAUUUUUGCCUUCACCUACCGAGGGGUCCAACUGACCUAUUCUCGUCUUCCUCAGGGAUUUGCUCUAUCCCCUGGCCUAUUUAAUCAGGUAUUAAAGGAUGUUUUGACGGAUUGUGCUACCACCUGAAAUAAAAAACAUAGCACUAACUGAGGCGCACGGAUUGGGACAUGUCGGGGCUGCACAGAUGCAGAGAAACCUCGAAAAUUGGGGGCACCCAUUUUUGAAAGAUAUGUGUAAAUAUCAUGUACAUACUUGCCCUGAAUGCACCAUGUAUAAUGCACGACCAACAGUCAGACCGCAUCCUGGACGUUUCCCUCUCGAGACGAAAACAGGGAAAGAAAUCAUCAUAGAUUACACAGAUAUGGUGAAUUCAGUAAAAGGGUACAGGUAUAUGUUGGUAUGUGUGGAUGCGUAUUCAGGUUGGCCAGAGGUACUCCCGACAAAAAGGGAAGACAGUAAGACAGUGGUAAAGUUUUUGGUAAACCAGUAUAUCCCCAGACAUGGUUUUCCUGAGAAAAUCCGAUCAGAUACUGGUACACAUUUCAAAAACCAUGAUCUGCAAAAGGUUGAAGAAAUGCUGGGGUUGAAACACAAGUUUGGUUCGGUCUACCACCCACAAUCCCAAGGAAAGGUUGAAAGAAUGAACCAAACACUCAAAUCUAAAUUGGCAAAAAUCUGUGCACAGACUAAAAUGAAUUGGCUAGAUGCGCUACCCCUUGCCCUCAUGUCUGUUCGAAGCUCAAUAAACCAAAGCACGGCCUUUACUCCCUUUGAGCUGACCACAGGCAGGAGGUUUCCAGGGCCCCAGUCCAAGCUUAUUGGAAUCAAAGGUGAUGAUCAGUCAUUAACCCACACGCAGUAUUUCCAUGCUUUACAAACCCUUGUUGCAGAGUAUGCCAAGCAGGUGGGGGAGAGAAACAAGGAAGACACAGCGACUCCACCAAGCACAGAGUGGGUCCUACUGAAGGUGCUCAAGCGAAAGUGGACCGAACCCAGGUGGACGGGUCCAUAUCGAGUAACUGAACGCACCUCGCAUGCUGUUCGGCUGAACGGCAAGGGAGACACGUGGUUCCACUGGAGCCAGUGUGCAGCGGCGGACGCCCCUGCACGCACGUUGGGAGAGACACGUACCGAGUUACGUGAACAACAACAACGGGAGAAGACCACAAAUCAACAAGGGGCAAAAUAAUCCCCUGGUGGCAUCAGGGUGAGGUAGUCUACCCAAAAUCCCUGUGGGAGGAGGUGAAAUAGCGCUCCUCUCCUACACGUGGUGUGCCAAACCACCAACCAGAUUCGUCGAGGGACCAAGAAGAUCGUGACAACCAUCGACCUCCUUAUUCUCUGUUGGUUUGGGGUACUCAUGGUCUUUCUUUGAGCCCUGAUACAUCUGUCCAUCACGGGUACAACUCAAGUUUGAGGUGUCACUAAGUAUUAGUACUUAGUCGAAUUUUCACAUAUUAUACGAUGUUUUGAUUUGUGAUCUCUUUAAUAGAGAUCAAAAGGGGGAUUAAUGAGUGUUAAUGAGUGUACAAAGCCUCAUGUUUAAGAGUUCAGAGUGGACCAAACAUACAGGAAACGUCCUGACCUCAAUUUGGCUCAGUGUGCCAAACACUGCACCUACAGGAAACAGAUGUUUGAGCAAUAACGAACUUAACAGGAAACCAAGCAAACACUGCACAUACAGGAAACAGAUGCUUGAGCAACAACCAACUUAACAGGAAACCAAGAGUGGUUCCUAGACACGAGACACCUAGCAACUGACGUCAGUCAGUAGACUGACCAAUCAGAUAACUACUGGCACAGGGUAUAUAAGCUGCUGUACAACAAACUCUCAGACAGAUCGCUUUGGGUUUUCCUGGUACUACUGUUCAAGUGUACUAUACGAUCUCCGCUCUCUGCAGA